AUGAGUGCUCCUUUUCUGUCGCUAUCGGAGGUUGCCGAUGGGUAUUUGGUGACCACCGUGGCACGUGGCAGCGAGUCGCGUGCGUUGCUGGUGACCAACGCAGGAACAGUUGAACUCGUUGACGCGGAAAAACAUCUAACUGACAAGAAAUCACAGCCUAUCUCAGGUAUAAUCGGUCUAAUCCACCUACACAGCUGUCAUUAUCUGCUAGUUGUCACUGAGGCCUCAGAGAUGGGUCAGGUGUAUGGUGGCAAAAAGGUGUUCAAAAUGACCUCGUUCAAGAUGCUUCCUCUGAGUCCUACCAAGUACCACCUUGACGAGGACGAGACCAGGUACUUGAAGUUGCUGGAGUCCCAUCUCCAGUCUGCCUCGCUGAUGUUUUCGUACGACUACGAUCUGACGAAGCCGUUUGUCAAACAGGCCGAAAACGGCUACGAUCCAGAGUAUAUGUGGAACUACUUUGUGUCGCAGGAUCUUAUCAAGGUUGCAAACCAAUUUGUGUUGCCGAUGAUCUACGGAUACGCCAAAUUUGUGCGCACAACCUUGAAUAUGAAGCCUGUCACGUUUGGUCUGAUCACGAGACGGUCGCGUAUGAGGGCCGGCACACGGUAUUUCCGUCGUGGAAUCGACUCUGAGGGUAAUGUUGCCAAUUUCAAUGAGACGGAGCAAAUUUUGGCUGUUCACACUCCCGAGGGCGACAAAGUGUACACUUAUUUGCAGACCAGGGGUUCUGUUCCCGUGUACUGGGCAGAAAUGAACAAUCUUAGAUACAAGCCGAACCUGUUGCUCGGACAGACAGACUAUACGCCUACAAGACAGCAUUUCAGCCGCAUGAUUGAGAAAUACGGCACCACGUAUUUGGUUAAUCUCGUGAACCAAAAGGGCUACGAGGAGCCUGUUAAGCUGGCGUACGAGAACGCGGUGACUGCACUGAACGAUCCAAAUUUGAAAUACACCUACUUUGACUUCCACCACGAGUGCAAAAAUAUGAAGUGGCACCGUGUCAAGCUUCUGAUCGACCAUUUGAGAGAAAUUGGUCUUUCGCCCCAAGAUUUUUCUGUGGUCAACGUUUCGGAAAAGUUUGUGGUCCAGCGCAAGCAGAACCACACCGUGAGAACGAACUGCAUGGACUGUCUCGAUAGAACCAACGUGGUGCAGUCCACGCUGGGCAGAUUUUUCUUGCAGCAACAGCUGAUUGAAAGCGGUGUGAUAAGCGGCGCAGAGGACUGGGAAAGAGUGGACCCGAAGUUCAACUUUGUGUUCAUGAAUAUUUGGGCUGACAACGCAGAUGUCGUGUCGAAGUCGUACUCCGGAACCGGUGCUCUGAAAACGGAUUUCACCAGAACGGGUCGGAGAACGAAAUUGGGUGCAUUGAACGAUCUCGUCAACUCCAUCACAAGAUACAUCAAAAACAACUACAGAGACGGUCCCAGACAGGAUGGCUACGACCUGUUUCUUGGCAACAUCCUGCCAUACGAGAUGGCUACGUCACCAUUCCAGGACCUUAGACCAGCGUACACUCAGUCCAUUCCUUACGUUCUUCUGGCUUCGCUUUCUCUGCUGGUGAUUACGUCGAUCUAUCCAAACAGCUCCCUUUCGCCGUUCAAGCAUUUUAUCUUGAACGGUUUCCUGGUGACUAUUGCUGCUCUUUCGCUCAAGUACAUCUUUGACAACGGAGUGCAGUACGUGAACUGGCCUAGACUGUGCAGUUUGGAUUAUCUUAGCCCUAGAGAGGUCCUCAACGACGGCAAGUUUGACGGCAUUGUCUUCGAGAAGUCAGACCUGUACAACAAGUUUUCGGAGGUUGCAAAGAAGGAGUAG